CCAUAACAAAUAUUUAUCGGACUAGACAAAGAAUAUCUUUUAUUCGGGUUUCUAUUUUAUAUAUACCAGACCAUCAUCUACCCCUCAUCAUUCAAGCAUUGGUAUCUGCAAUUUCAGCCGAUCGCAGAGAGUGAAUCAAAUCAACUUAGUCACUCAACAACAAUGUCUCUCAAGGAGGAGUUUGAGAAGUACGCUGAGAAAGUCAAAUCCUUACCUGAUGCUACCAACGAAGAUUUGCUCAUCAUCUAUGGGUUAUUCAAGCAAGCCACUUGUGGUGAUGUGAAUACCAGCCGCCCUGGUAUAUUUGAUCAGAAGGGACGUGCAAAAUGGGAUGCCUGGAAGGGUAACGAAGGAAAAUCCCAAGAUGAUUGCAUGAGUGAUUAUAUCACAAAGGCCAAGCAGCUGUUGGAGGCAGCAGGUUGUUCCACUUGAUGCUCGUUCUUCAUGUAUUAGUAUUUGCUCCAUUAUCGACGUGUCUUCCUAAGCUAAUCAUGUCUGAUUGCUGUACUUGAACUAGCUGUGUGAGAACCUUAAGUUAUAAUCAAGGACCGUAUCGAUUCA